UAAACGAGACAUUUAUUUGCUUCCUGGGUGACUGUUGUCGUUCUGUCAUUACUGUACUAUGUACGUGCACAUACAGUAUAUACAGUAUAUAGCAGCGCCCCCCAGUGGUGAUACUAGAGAGAGGUUUUCAAAAGGUGCCCAAUGAAAUCGCAGUCGAGAGGUAGCAGGUAGUACAAAAAAAAAAAAAAAAGAAACAAAACACACGAUGUAACCCAGCCGCGUCAUCUGGAAGUCUGUUUGUUACUAGAUUUGUUCUAAACUCCAAAGUCACUUUUACUUCUGAGUCACAAUUAGUAAAAAGCUACAUAAUUCAAACCUCCUUUUAUUUAUUCGUCUUGUAAAAACCCGACAAACAUCUAUAAGUAAAAAAAACUUUAACGCUUACAUCCAUCAAUAAAUUAUCAAGAACUACUUUUAUCACACAUACUUUGUCUGAAACCGCUUGUCCCGAGAGGGGUCGCGGCGAACCGGCCGGAGUCUAACCCGGCAACACAGGGCGCAAGGCUUUUAUAUUUACUUUUAUUUGUUUUAUUUUAUUGUUUUAAUGAAGUCGCAACUCCAUUAAAAGUAAAAGUAUUUAAAACCACCGAGAAUAAAAUAAUCUUCACAGCCUACUAUUGAAUCCCAGUUACAUGCCAGUUUCUCUCAUAACCUUGUGCUUGUGCAGCACUGUUUCAGCUUCUGUCCAUUUUUAAUUCUCUUUCACACAACCAUUCAAAUCUGAAUAAUUCAGAUUGCUCUUUCAAUAAGUUAUGUUGUCAUGACCAUGACUUCUAACAAGAGGGGCGAAACACUAAAAGAUCAAAACCUUAGAAAAGGUUCCAAAGGGAAUUCGACCCAAACAGUGUGGGGACGAACGUGACGAAUGUAGCCGAAGAGUGUGACUCGAGCGCUGUUAGCUUUUCGUUCCCUCCCGGAACCAGCGGCCUACCUCGCCCUGUUCUCCCCGGACCCUUUUCUCAGUGACACCGCAGGGGGGAGGAAUUAAUGGCUGGUCUGUGUGUGCGGGCUCGCUGUCACUGUUGACGUUCGCGAAGUGACACAAACAAGCAGACGGCGUGUCACUGUACUUCAUAUCUCCGCUCUCCUGCUAGUAAUAUGCUGUUGCUGUUUACCGGGCGCAGUUUCCGUUCCACGAGCGCGCGCUAACCUGCUAGCAGCUAACUAGUAAUCUGCAGUCUGCUCGACCACCACCCGUCCGUCGCAUUUUGAUGCUGUACGUGACCUCUUUCAACACAGCCAGUGAUGACUCUGCUGGGCUCCUCUGAACGCUGCUGGUGACGCCGCGCUCCUCGCCAUGACUGUGAGCGCCGAAGGAGGAGUGUGAUCGCGCUCUGUUUCUUCACACACACUGGAACACGUUUGCAGGAAAACAUGUUCAGUGUAGCCCAGACAUCCAAGUCCCAGUUCUUGGACAAAGCGAGGCAGGCGCGCGAGGAAAGGAAGGGGCAGAAGGAGCGCGAGAGGGCGGCCACACAAAUCCAGGCGCUCAUCAGGAGGUUCCUCUGCCGCUGCCGCUUACAGAGGCAAAUCAGGAAAGAGGUGGAUGACUUCUUUGAAGCUUGUGAUGCUGGAACCUCGAAAAGAAAUGCACUUUCCAUUUUUAAAAUAGCAAGAAAGCUGUUGUUCAUAUUUGGCAAAGAAGAUAAGUUGAGGUUCGAGAAACUCUGCCGUUUAAUACUUGGAAGCAUGGAUGUUGAUAAUGAACCAAAGGUGUGGUAUGUGUCUCUGGCUCUGUCCAAAGACCUCACCAUCCCUUGGAUCAAACAGAUCAAAGACAUCCUUUGGGUUUGCUGCGAAUUCCUUAAAGUACUGAAGCCCGACAUACUGCAGGACAGUAAACUGGUGACGUUGUAUCUCACUAUGCUUGUGACGUUCACGGACACCUCAACGUGGAAAAUCGUAAAAGGCAAAGGAGAAAGCCUCAGGCCUGCACUCACUCGUAUCUGUGAGAACAUCAUGGGCCACCUCAAUCAGAAAGGAUUUUACACCAUACUGCAGAUUUUGCUAACUAAUGGACUAGCGCGCUCUAAACCCUCUCUUUCGAAAGGAACCCUCUCUGCAAUAUUUACACUUUCUUUGAGGCCUGUUGUUGCUGCUCACUUCUCUGAUAACCUCUUGAGAUCUUUCUUAAUUCACAUCAUGUCUGUUCCGGCUGUUGUCUUCCACUUCAGCACAUUAACGCCUGAGUGCAUGGCUGCCAUGCAGACCCAUGACCUGUUCCGAAAGUUUGUCAUUUUCCUGAGCCGGGAGGAGCAGUGUGCUGACAUCUGUGUCUGUUUAGAGGGCAGUCACACACUAUGCCUUCUAGGUAACCUGAUUCACUUGGGCUUUCUCAAUGAGAAGGUGCUGGAAGAGGAAGCCAGUCACUUUGUCAAGGACCUGACGGAUAUGCUGUCCUAUUGCCAGCGAUACGUGUCCCAGAAGAAGUCUAAUCUCACACACUGGCACCCUGUGCUGGGCUGGUUCUCCCAGACAGUGGAUUAUGGACUGAACGAGUCCAUGCCGCUGGUCACCCGGCAACUUCAGUACUUGUGGGGUGUGCCCGUCAUCCGAACGCUCUUCUGUGAUGUCCUCAGCAAAAAGCUGGAGAGCCAGGAGCCAACACCCCCUUCGGCGCAGCCAACCACAUCGCAGAACAACUUGCCAGUCAAGAACCUCUUCAAGCGGGCUUUCCAGAAGUCUGCGUCUGUACGCAACAUCCUAAAGCCGGUCGGGGGGAAACGGGUGGACUCAGCUGAGGUGCAGAAGGUCUGCAGUGUUUGCGUCCUCUAUCAGACGGCACUGACCACACUGAACCAGAUCAGGCUGCAGAUUCUCACCGGCCUGACGUAUCUAGAUGACCUGCUCCCUAAGCUAUGGGCCUUCAUCUGUGAGCUGGGGCCCCAGGGAGGCCUCAAGCUCUUCCUGGAAUGUCUCAACAAUGACACAGAUGAGUCAAAACAGCUGCUGGCCAUGUUAAUGCUCUUCUGCGACUGCUCACGGCACCUCAUUACAAUCCUGGAUGACAUUGAAUUGUAUGAGGAACAAAUUUCUUUUAAAACAGAAGAACUUAUCACCAUCUCUUCGUUUCUGAAUACUUUUGUGUACAAGAUGAUCUGGGAUGGCAUUCUGGAGAAUGCCAAGGGUGAGAAGCUGGACCUCUUUCACAGUGUUCAUGGCUGGCUAAUGGUGCUUUACGAGAGGGACUGUCGACGCAGGUUUUCCCCUGAUGACCACUGGCUACGCAAGGACUUGAAGCCAAGUCUUCUCUUCCAAGAGUUGGAGAAAGGCAAGAGAAGAGCCCAGUUACUGCUGCAGUACAUUCCUCAUGUCAUCCCACACAAAAAUCGGGUGCUGCUAUUCCGUAACAUUGUGACAAAAGAAAAGGAGGCCUUGGGAUUGGUGGAGACGAGCUCUGCCUCCCCUCAUGUCACCCAUAUCACCAUCCGUCGCUCUCGUAUGCUGGAGGAUGGCUAUGACCAGUUGCGUCGGCUACCUGUGAACUCCAUCAAAGGUGUCAUCCGAGUAAAGUUUGUCAAUGACCUUGGUGUGGACGAGGCUGGCAUUGACCAGGAUGGAGUUUUCAAGGAGUUCCUGGAAGAGAUAAUAAAGAAGGUCUUCAACCCAGCACUCAACCUUUUCAAGACCACCAGCGGUAAUGAAAGGCUGUACCCCUCACCAACAUCCAAUAUCCAUGAAAAUCACCUGCAGCUCUUUGAGUUUGUUGGGAAGAUGUUGGGCAAGGCUAUGUAUGAGGGCAUUGUGGUGGAUGUGCCCUUUGCCUCCUUCUUCCUGAGCCAAGUUCUGGGUCAUCACCACAGCACCUUUUACAGCUCCAUUGAUGAGUUGCCGUCCCUGGAUUCUGAGUUCUACAAAAACCUCACAUCCAUAAAGCGCUAUGAUGGGGAUGUCAGUGACCUGGGCCUGACGUUGUCGUAUGAUGAAGAUGUCAUGGGGCAGCUGGUCUGUCACGAGCUGAUUCCUGGGGGAAAGACCAUGCCUGUCACCAAUGAAAAUAAGAUCAGCUACAUUCAUCUGAUGGCGCACUUCCGCAUGCACACACAGAUUAAGGAUCAGACGGUGGCAUUCAUCCGCGGCUUCCGCUGCAUCAUCAACCCCGAGUGGCUGCACAUGUUUUCCACUCCAGAGGUGCAGCGCCUCAUCUCUGGGGACAAUGCUGAGAUUGACCUGGAUGACCUCAAAAAACACACGGUGUACUACGGAGGUUUCCACAGCAGCCACCGUGUGAUUAUUUGGCUUUGGGACAUUUUAUCCAGUGACUUCUCUGCUGAAGAGAGGGCCAUGUUCCUGAAGUUUGUCACCAGCUGCUCCCGCCCUCCGCUCCUGGGUUUUGCCUACCUCAAGCCCCCCUUCUCUAUCCGUUGUGUGGAAGUCUCUGAUGACCAGGACACGGGAGACACACUGGGCAGUGUCCUCAGGGGUUUCUUCACCAUUCGGAAAAAGGAACCUGGGGGCCGACUGCCCACCUCCUCCACCUGCUUCAACUUGCUUAAGCUGCCCAAUUACAGCAAGAAGAGCGUGUUGCGCGACAAACUCCGUUACGCCAUCAGCAUGAACACAGGCUUCGAACUGUCCUAGAGUGACCUCCCCCUUCUCAGCAAUCAAAAUGCAUACAUGCACUCGACCCCGACCUUUGACAUUCAGAGGAGCUCUGCCCCAACACUCCCACAAACAGCAGACUGCACCAAUGCUGAUGUAUGGCCACACUCCUGCAUCUGAUUUGAAACCAUCCAAGGUGGCUGGUGUGUGGAUAUGACAAGCACAGACAUUUAAGUGUUGGUUUUGACCAUUUAUAAAAACCUGACUGUUGUGUCAGUGGAGCUAAUCCCCUUCUACUAACACUACCCACCCUUAACUGUGGUUUAAAACAUAGUAUAUUACUGUAAUUCAACUAUUAAUUUAAUUACAUGCCUAACCAUGGCUCCAACUGUAGUAUUCCUCAGGCAGAUGAACAACUCUCUUGAUCUCACUACGUUUGUUGAACUGGAGAGCAAUACAGCUGCAAGCCAUGAAACACUUCUAUGAACAAAGGAAUGCUGGGUAUUGAUGAUGAAAAUAGAAACUUGUUUAGGCUAGAGUUGGGAAAAGACUUGUCUUUGAGUCUAAUUCUCUUUUUUUAAUAAUGUU